UUGUGUGCGCAUGCAAGAAUAUCUUCGCUAUUAUUUUAACUAGCACUUGAAGAACACUACAAAACUGGCCUUUCUUUUGCUCCCAAUAAAAGACUCAGAGAACUCGCAGCACGGCAGCAGCGGCCUCGAUCUUGGUUAAUCGACAGAAUGCAGGUUCUGCUCAAGACAAGUUUCUAUGCCUAGCCAGCAGAUCCAAAAGAAGAGCGCAGAGAAAGAAUUCUCAGAUGGCUUCUAGGUUUACUUCGGCUUCGGCGGCGGAACUGCUCUUGGUGGCGAUCGCCGGACUCUUGCUCUCGGCCAUUCCGGCCGCUGCCGUCGCGCCGACAGGACCCUGCGCCGGCCGAUCAGGCGGCUGCCACGAUUCCGAUGCCGCGUUGCGGUUGAAAGUCAUUGCCAUCUUUGCCAUCCUGGUGGCCAGUAUGAUCGGGGUGUGCUUGCCGCUCGUCACCCGCUCCCUGCCGAUGCUCCACCCCGACGGGAAGAUCUUCGCGGUCGUGAAGGCGUUCUCCAGCGGCGUGAUCCUCGCGACCGGGUACAUGCAUGUCCUUCCCGACUCGUUCGAUGACCUGACGUCGCCGUGCCUGCCGGAAACCCCGUGGCACAAGUUCCCGUUCACCACCUUCGUCGCCAUGCUGUCGGCCAUCUUCACCCUCAUGGUCGACUCUUUCGCGACCAGCAUCCAUGGGAAGGUGAAGCCGGCAGACAGGGCUGGCGAUGUGGUGGUGGUGGUGGCCGAUGCCGAAUCGGCGGGGCUCGUGGCCGCUGGGGUGGACAAAGAUGGGAAGGAUCGGAAGCUCCUCCGCCACCGGGUCGUCGCUCAGGUGCUGGAACUUGGGAUCAUUGUGCACUCUGUAAUAAUAGGCCUCUCGCUGGGUGCUUCAGAUAACCCCUGCACCAUCAGGCCGCUGGUCGCUGCCCUCUGUUUCCACCAACUCUUCGAAGGCAUGGGCCUCGGCGGCUGCAUCCUCCAGGCCGAGUACAAACUGGGGACCAAAGCCGUCAUGGCGUUCUUCUUCGCCUUCACCACUCCGUUUGGGGUGGCCCUGGGGAUUGGCCUGUCCAAUGUCUACAGCGAAAACAGCCCCACUGCCCUCAUUGUGCAGGGCCUUCUGAAUGGCUGUUCGGCGGGGCUGCUGAAUUACAUGGCGCUCGUCGACCUUCUGGCAGCAGAUUUCUUGGGUCCCAAGUUGCAGAGCAACAUGAAGCUUCAGUUUCAGGCGUACAUGGCGGUGCUCUUGGGUGCUGGGUUCAUGUCCUUGAUGGCUAAGUGGGCAUGAGCAGGAGACGCGACUCGACAAAAUGCUGUGAAUAAUACAUAGCUUGCAGAAGAUGGGGAGUUGAUUUUAGCUACAACUUCUAAGUGACUUCCAUCUUUCACUUUUCUUGCCAUUUCCCUCCUUCGUCUGUUCUGUAAUUUAGAUCAGAAGUGAAGAUUAAGAAACAUAUCGUGUCUCCAAUUUCUUGA